AUGCUGUCGAUCCUCUUCUGGGAGCUGGUCUGCACUUGGCGAUGGUUCCUGUCGAGCUUUAUUGUGUUGCUGGGGGUGGAGAACGAGUCUGGUCGGAUCAAGUGGAAGGGAUGCGACAGUGGAGGAACGCCGCGCCAAGACGCCAUUCCUUCGGCUACAGUAUUAGCCAGGUCAACAAGCAGGAGCGAUCAGAAAGAAGAACAGAUACAGUUCAAGAAUGUGCCAGGGAGCUUUUCCAGGAUAUGCAUUGGAAUCAUGGAAUCUGAGGAAGCACGAGGUCAAAUUGUUAAUUAUUCUGUCUCAUGUCUGAACUUAGCUGGCCAGUCUCUGACCAGGGCUCGAAGGUAA